CCCAAAGUGCUGGGAUCACAGGCAUGAGCCGCCGCACUGGACCAGUUUUAUUUUCUUGAAAUGUUAACUGGACACCUGGUUAGUCAGUUUGUUUUGACCCCACAGUUUGUUUUUAUGUUGGGGCAGUUGGAGGAACUGAACUUUGAUCCUGAUCCUUUAUGUACUCCUGUGGUGAAACUGAGUCCAUUUUACUUAACACGUAAUAUAUCUGUGCAUUAGGAAAACUUGGUAGAGAAGACUAUGUUUCUAUGCAGAUAUAAAAUAUCUAAACUCAUUCGUUAUGAACCAACGAUAAUGAAGGAAAACUUGGACGUCCACAUACAGAUUUUCUUGAAUUAAAGAAAAAAAGCCAGACACUGACAAAGGAGAGUUGAACUGAGAAACAGUACCCUGAAAACUGCAGAAAUGAGGGAAAGGGGUAGUGGGCCACAAAGAACUUUGUCCUUUUCAGAGAUCCCCAGAGAAGCCCUGUCCCCUUCCCCCGACCCCCUGCCAGAAUGUUGGGUUUCAAAGAAUGAACAGAUUAACGGAUAUCAAGUCGUGUGGCCUGAGCUAAGGAUAAAGAAUCAUUUGCCUGAGUUACAGUACUGGCUGGGUUAGUACAGGCCUUCUACUUGGAAUAUCUCUCCAUGAAGGAAAAAGGAACAUAAGUAAGGAAGAUUAAAUUUGUGGCUGUUGGAAGGGAGACAUACUAAAGAAACUACCGAAGGCCAGGAGAAAGCAGGAAGAGAAACGCAGUUGAAGUUCUGUAAUACUGAAGAGUUGGGCAAGAACUGCCAAUAAUGGAGCCAGUGUACAUCUGAGACUAACACCAGGGCUUCCAACGGUCUGUGAGAGGGAGAGCUCUGCUGAUGGACGUAGGUCCAGAAUCAUUAACUGAUUUAUUUGGGCCAUGUCACUGGGGGCAGUAUUAAAAGACUUUGCCAACAUCCUGCUUUCUCUAUGGAAAAACCAAGUGGCCCUGGAAGAGGCUAAGAUAAAGUUUCAGACUUGGGCUCCACAGAAGUGGAACUUGAGGCUGGGUCUAGUACAAGGACCUUCAUGUAUCAGGUUAGAGAUUUUGAUGCUUUUGGUGAUUUUUGUACCAAGCAUAUACUGUCACCUGGGAUCAGUCUAUUAUACUUUCUAUGAAAUAAUUAUUCCAAAGAGGCUGACAGUCCAGGCAGGAGACAGCCCAGUAGAAGGACUGUCUUACUUGUUAUUUAUGGAAGGCCAGAAGCACCUGGUUCACCUGAAGGUGAAGAGAAACCAUUUUGUGAAUAACUUUCCAGUCUACACUUACCACAAUGGCAUCCUGGGGCAAGAAUCACCUUUCAUCUCCCAUGACUGCCACUAUGAAGGCUACAUAGAAGGAGUGUCAGGUUCUUUUGUUUCUGUCAACACCUGUGAGGGUCUCAGGGGCAUCUUGAUCAAGGAGGAAAAAUCUUACAGCAUUGAGCCCAUGGAGUCUUCAAGACGGUUUGAACAUGUGUUAUAUACCAUGGCACACCAAGCACGAGAGUCCUGCAGUGUCACUCCCACAGAUAGCCAUGUGGGGUCCACUAGCUGGCAACAAGGGAGCAAGAAGCCUCAUGAUCUACAGGCGCUGUCCUACUUGUGGUCACACCCCAAGUACGUGGAAAUGUUUGUUGUGGUCAACAACCAGCGGUUCCAGAUGUGGGGCAGUAACGUCAACGAGACGGUCCAGAGAGUAGUGGAUGUCAUUGCUGUGGCCAACAGCUUCACCAGGGGAAUAAACACAGAGGUGGUGCUGGCUGGAAUGGAGAUCUGGACCGAGAGGGAACUAAUAGAGGUCGCAGUGGACUUGCAAGUCACACUCAGGAAUUUCAAUCGCUGGAGACGAGAGAUGCUCUUCCAUCGUGCGAAGCAUGACGUUGCCCACAUGAUCGUUGGGCAUCAUCCUGGACAGAAUACGGGCCAGGCCUUUCUCAGUGGUGCCUGCUCAAGCGGUUUUGCGGCAGCUGUUGAGUCCUUCCAUCAUGAAGAUGUGCUGUUGUUUGCAGCCCUCAUGGUCCAUGAGCUCGGGCACAACCUGGGUAUUCAGCACGACCACUCGGCCUGCUUUUGUAAAGAUAAGCACUUUUGCCUCAUGCAAGAAAAUAUCACAAAAGAAAGUGGCUUCAGCAACUGCAGCUCUGACUACUUCUACCAGUUCCUUCGAGAACACAAAGGGGCCUGCCUAUUUAACAAGCCAAGGCCCAGGGCCCGCAAGCGUAGGGAUUCUACCUGUGGAAACGGUGUGGUGGAGGACACGGAGCAGUGUGACUGUGGUUCUGCCUGUCACCUCGACCCAUGCUGUGAUCCCACAUGCACUCUGAAGGAGAAUGCUGAGUGCAGCCACGGCCUCUGCUGCCUGGACUGCGCUUUCAGAAGGAAGGGGUUUUUAUGUCGUCCGACUCAGGAUGAGUGUGACCUCCCGGAAUAUUGUGACGGUAGCUCUGCAGAAUGCCCUGCAGACAGCUACAAGCAAGAUGGCACGCUGUGUGAUAGAAUUCACUAUUGCUCUGGGGGUCAGUGUAAGAACCCCGAUAAGCAAUGCGUGAAUAUAUAUGGGUACCCUGCAAGAUCUGCCCCGGAAGACUGUUACAUUUCAAUGAAUACCAGAGGAGACCGGUUUGGAAACUGUGGCCGUCCCACUGAGGAUCGGCAAAAGUAUGUUCCAUGUUCAAGUGAUAAUGUAUUUUGUGGGAAACUCGUAUGUACAGGUGUUGAAUCCUUACCACGACUCAAAGCUCAGCAUACAAUGAUCCAGGUCCCUCAUGACGAUGACUGGUGCUGGAGCAUGGAUGCCCAUAACAUUACUGAUAUCCCUGAUGAUGGAGAUGUGCACAUCGGCACUUCUUGUGCCCCAAACAAAGUCUGCACGGAUUACUCCUGCGUUCAUCACUCCGUACUCCUGUAUGACUGCAGACCAGAGGAAUCGUGUCAUGGGAAAGGAGUUUGCAACAAUUUAAGGCACUGCCAUUGUGAGUUUGGUUUUGCUCCUCCUGACUGUAAAAAUCCAGGAAACGGAGGUAGUGUGGACAGUGGUCCUCCGGAAAUUCAAGUUGCCGACAACAAUGCAAGUGGUCAUGAAUGUCAUGCUCGUGGUCAACCUGCAGGACAAGACCUAGACUAUAAAGUGGCAGUGAUACUAGUCCCCGUGUUUCUUCUGGUCUUAUUGUGCACUCUACUUACAAUGUCCUACCUCUGCUCUGAAGUACAGACAGUAGUGGCUGAAGUAGAGGAGUCAUCAACGGAGACAACAUUGGAAUCAGAGCUGACUUCAGAAGAUAUGGUCCCAACAGCAGAGGAAAUCCUACCAGCAGGUGAGGAGGCCCCACCACCAGGAGAGGAGGCUCUACCUCCUGGAGAAGCAGAGGCCCCGCCACCAGCAGAGGCCCCGCCACCAGCAGAGGCCCCACCACCAGCUGAGGCCCCACCACCAGCUGAGGCCCCGCCACCAGCAGAGGCCCCGCCACCAGCAGAGGCCCCGCAACCACAGGCUGCCCCACCAGCAGAGGCUGCCCCACCAGCAGAGGCUCCCCCAGCACCAGAGGCUGCCCCCCCACCAGAGGCUGCCCCCCCACCAGAGGCUGCCCCCCCACCAGAGGCUGCCCCCCCACCAGAGGCUGCCCCCCCACCAGAGGCUGCCCCCACGCCACAGGCGCCACCAGCACAGUAG